AGAAAGAAAGAGAUAAGGGCUUCCGGUAGCGCCACCGCCGUAUAAAAAAAAAAGAAAAAGAAAACAGAGAUUUCAAGGAAUCUACUCAAUCUGUUGUGUUCAGUUUCGGUUGAGUAGUGCCAAUUUCACCUGUCCUCUCUCUGUCACCGUCUUGCAAGCAUGAAGGACUGGUUGUUUUUCGACAAGAAUUUUAAUGGUUUGUCGGACGACCUACUCGAUGAUGUCAUGGACAUCGAGUUUUUCGAUUUCCCCUUUGAAGACGUGGAAACUGAUGAUGGUGCGGAGCAAGAUUGGAAUGCUCAGUUCAAAUUCCUUGAAGAGCCUUCACUGGGAAUUUUUCCUGGACAAUCGUCUCAACUCUGUGCUCAUACUCAAAAUGAGAAUGUGAAAGUCGAAACGAGUUUCUAUGCUUCUACAGCGAAGACGGCAGGUCCUAAAUAUAGCAAAAAUGUUCCUAUCCAGAAAGUCUCUUUCACUGCAAAAGAUUUGCACCAAUUCCAAACUAACAGCCCAGUUUCUGUUUUUGAAAACAGUAGUAGUAGUUCUUCGGUUGAGAACUCUAACUUGGAGUUACCUGUUAUCCCAACAAAGCGUCCCCGAAGCAAACGCAGGCCUCUCUCAAACAUCACCCUGCUAUACUCCAUUCCUUUCAUCUUUACUUCACCAGUUUUUCAAAAAUCAGAAUUUGAAGCACAACCAUUUGGGAAAUUUUCAAGCGUGAUAAAAAAGCAGAGGAAAAAGAACAUUCCCAUGGUAGGUAACAAAAUUGAGAUGAAGAAAUCCUCAUCAGAGGAAUCAGUUGGUAUCAGAAAAUGCAUGCACUGUGAGGUGACAAAGACACCACAAUGGAGAGAGGGACCAAUGGGUCCAAAGACCCUAUGCAACGCUUGUGGAGUUCGGUACCGCUCUGGCAGGCUCUUUGCUGAAUACCGUCCUGCAGCUAGCCCCACUUUUGUAGCAUCAUUGCACUCUAACUCUCACAAGAAGGUCUUAGAAAUUAGAAACAGAGACACCCAUGUGACAGUUAGAUGAACCUUGUUGGACAUUCUCUCUUAGGAUAGUAUUGUGUUAGGACAUCCUUUGUUAUUGUUCUCCUCUUUUUAUGGUUUCAUCUUAAUCUUACAUUGCUAUUAGCAAAUUCGCAUAAUUUGUUUCAUCUAAAUUGAUUGGAAGUGGCUUCACUGCAUCUUAGCCUUCAAGGAGACAGUGUUGAAAAUUCUGAGAGAAUUAAAUAAAAGGCCUAACUUUGUUUUGGUGUUGUUAUUCAAUAGGAAUUGUAGUUUCACUGCCAUUUGUAAUAUAU